AUGCACCCCUUCUCGACCGUGACCCUCGGCAUCUUCGUCGCUGGCUACAUCACCGCGCGCUGGGACCUGGUUACACGCCUCUAUGAGCUGGUCUUAUUUGCCGCCGAAUACGGAGUUGUUUUGCGUGUAGCCCGCGGCCUGGUGGUCCUGACUGUCAUCUUCAUCACUAUCUUUGUGCCAGUGGCCCUACUAGCGAGGAGAGAGACGAGGCUUGCGCAUAAUGUCGAGUUCCAUCUCAAGUCCGGCACCUUCUUCCGGAGUGGCCCGCACUCUCCGAACCGGAUUUACGACCUCUGCGGCCAUUCUUCCAUGCAUGUCCUAGGAGUCGCCAAUGUAUCGAGCCAAACCGAGGUUGACCCUUCUUGGGUAUGCGCCAAGACAAGCGCCAGCAGUCAAUAUCCUAGGAUUGCCUGCGCCAAGGCCUCUAGCGUCCAGCUUAUCUUAUACGAUAGGCCUCACCCAAAGGGCAUGCAGUACAUAUCCUUGAACCCGAUUGCGCUGGCUCUUGGAGACAAAGGGUCGUUUCCCGACGAUGUGACGAGUGGCGAGGAUGAUAGCGAAGAGGCGAAGCAUGCAGCCGCGAACAAGGAGAAUCGGCGCAAGUUAGUGGAGAAGCUCAAACAGCACAGUAUCAUAAAGCGAAUACCCUCCGCCAGAGAUAAGGCGCUGCCCAAAAUCGUCAAUCAGGUAAACUGGUCUUGGGAACUGGAGCAAGUCUUACAGCAGAACGUAGGGCGACUUGGCCCAAGGCCAAAACGAGGUUUGAGCGUCUCUGAGAGGGUAGUAGAGUCUGCCACGACAAUGCGGAACUAUGUGCUCGUGCAGUUGUGGACUCUGCUUUCCGUAUACCUCUUCCCGAUUGUGCAGCAGGCCUUCAUCCUGGUGCUAUUCUUCCAUCGAGUACUGGCUGAAAUCCUACUCAUCAUCCUGGAAUUUCGGGCCAAGCCGGGGUAUGCUGCCCUGAAAGACAUAUCAGCAACGGCCCAGCAGAUUGAGAUUCGCCUCCAGCAGUUUUGCUACUGGCCUAUGCAAUAUGUCACUCUCCGCCAGCGCAAGGCCAACUGGGCCAGCGUUACCACCAGUCAUCCAGACUACAUUCGUUUCUACAACAGCCUAUGGCUCGUUGCUAAUGACGUGAUUAUUGGCAUGGCAGUAGGCUCGUACAUUAUUGAGCACAAGGAGUGGGUUGCAGACCAAAUACGAGAUCUCCUGCGUGUCUAUACUGUGGAAGCUCUCCAAAGCGGCAUAUCGUGGCUGAUGGGCUGGCCUGCGGGUCUAAAGCUCAACGGUGAACUGGCUGCCUUUCUUGGCGAUUUGUUUCUCUGGGUUAUUGAUUAUUGGUCAAGCUGCAUCGAGGCCUUGAGCCCCGCCCUGCCGCAUAUUAUCUGGUUCGUGGGAUUUUCGUCCUUUGCCGGGGCGAGUAUGCCAAUUGCAAUGUUCUCUGACCUUUUGUCGGUCCUUACUAUGCAUAUCUACUCCUUCUAUCUCGCAUCUGCACGCAUAUACCACUGGCAGCUCACCAUCCUGCGCUCGCUGUUCCACUUAUUUCGAGGCAAAAAACACAAUGUUCUCCGCAACCGUAUCGAUUCGUGCGAUUACGACCUCGAUCAGCUACUUGUCGGGACAAUUCUCUUCACCCUUUUGUUCUUUCUUUUGCCUACCGUCAUGGUCUUCUAUCUUAAUUUCGCCAUUGCUAGAAUGAUCAUUAUUUCAAUGAAGGCGGGCUUUGAUACGCUACUAUCAUGUUUGAACCACUUCCCCCUGUUUGCCUUAAUGCUAAGAUUGAAGGAUCCGAGUAGAUUGCCAGGUGGCAUUCGUUUUGAACUUCGAGAUACCCAUGAUUAUAAACUUUCCGAUGCUAAUGAUAAACUUUUUAAUGAACCUCCUACCUCUAUCAUUUACCUCAAGUCUACAGUACAGCAUGUUGCCUGCGAAGAGGGCGACGAUGUGGGAGAUGUGGCGGGCGGUCAAUACGGAAAUUGA